CCGACUAAGCAGCGCUGGUGGCCAUAGGCUCUUCAGAGCCGAUCCCGGGCUGCUCUUGGGGAUCUCCCGAGACCCUCACCUCUCCUCACCUCGACGCCGGGCAGAGAAUGGCUCGUUUCGCUUUAACCGUUGUCCGACAUGGAGAAAGAAGAUAUAACAGAGAGAAAAUUCUUCAAGGUCAAGGUGUAGAUGAACCUCUUUCAGAAACUGGUUUUAGACAAGCAUCUGCUGCUGGUGAAUUUCUUAAGAAUGUGAAGUUUACUCAUGUUUUCUCAAGUGAUCUCAUGCGUACAAAACAGACCACUGCUAUGAUUUUGGAGAAAAGUAAAUUUUGUAAAGAAGCAACAGUAAAAUAUGAUAGAAGACUUCGUGAAAGAAAGUAUGGCAUCGCAGAAGGUAAACCUCUAUGUGAAUUAAAGGCAUUGGCCAAAGCAGCUGGGGAACAGUGCCCAAAUUUUACACCUCCUGAAGGAGAAACAUUAGAUCGGGUGAAAUUACGAGCAAAGGACUUUUUUGAAUUUCUUUGUCAACUGGUACUGGAUGAAGCGGGUCAGAAAGAAAAGCCCUCAUCAGGAAUAAUGGACAGUGGCCUAGAGGCUUUUCUAACAGGAACAUUUUCAUUAGGAAGCAACUGUGGAUUUGAUCUUAAUUCAGAGAGUGUUUCCCAAGUAUUAGAUGCUAAUAUAUUGGUGGUGAGUCACGGGGCUUACAUGAGAAACAUGUUUACUUAUUUUGUAGUUGAUCUACUCUGUAACUUACCAGCAAACUUAACCAAAUCGGACCUCAGUUCAGUCAGCCCCAAUACAGGGAUAAGUCACUUUAUAAUAAAUGUAGAACAAAGUGCUACAGGAAUUAAAAAAAAACCAUAAAGUGCAUUUGUAUUAAUCUACAGGAUCACCUAGCCAGAAUGACAGAAAGUGCCUAGCCUCAAAUAAAUCAUUAGGAUCUUAAUAUUUUUGUGUCAUUGAGGGAGCACCUUGCUUCCAAUAGUUUUGAUUCCAAAUACUUAAAAAAAGUUUUCAGAAAUAGGUUACAAAAUGAACAUGGAAAGCUAGUAACAUAAAAACUCUGUUCUCAAAGAGAACCCAGGGAAUGAAUUUUAAAGUAUGUUUUGAAAAAGAUCCACUACUGGUGUUUUGCAAAAGAAAUGUCACUUUGACAUGUCAAAUGUCAUUUGAGUAGAAAUGGCCAUGUCCUUGUUGAUAAAAUCCAGUGUUGUCAAAUGAAGUAUUAUAACUUUGUUAUAAUUUUGAAAUAUAAUUUAUUAUCACUGUAUUUAAUGUAUUGCUUUAUUUUGCUAAAUGUUAGCACUGAGGAUGGUUAUUUUUAAUAACACUACCAUGAUUUAUAAAAGAAAAAAAAAAGAAAA